UCCUAUAGAAGGGGUGACACCAAUCAGGCUGAUUAGUGGAUGAUUGGCCUCAGGUGUGUGGCUGCUGUGAUGAGGCUGAUUGUCUGAGUAUAAAGUAAAACAUGCUUCCUUCCUCAUAGUGGGUCAGACAGGAAGACAGUGUGCAGUCUCAACCAGUUUGCUCCUCUUCAGUGCAAUGAAGACCUCGUGCUGCUUGGUUCCCCUCCUGGUUGGAGUGUUUUUCAGCUCAUAUUAUGCGUUUCCUCCCACAGAUCACACUCUACGUGCUUUGAGUCAAACUCAAAUCAUGGGGAGCUCCCAACACUCUCUGCGAGAAAAGGCUCCAGCGGCCGAGCAGCAGGUGAAUACCGUCCGAGUGACCUGCCACCCGGACUCCUUGGAGAUUAUUAUCGACGCCGACUUGUUUGACGUUGGAGUUCCCGUCAACGGCGAUGAAUUGCGCCUUGGAGUGGAGCACGAUGACUACUGUAGAGCGACGAUGUCUUCAAGAGAUGAGUUCAGGAUCCUCGUUGGACUCGUGGACUGCGGCACCAACCAAAGGAUGACUGGAGACACCCUGGUCUACACCAACCUGCUCGUGUACUCUCCGGUGGCUUCUCCAGUUGGGCUGGUUCGAAUGGAAGAGGCUGUAAUUCCAAUUGAGUGUCGAUAUGAAAGGAAGUACAGUCUGUCCAGUUCGCCCCUCAUGCCCACCUGGAUCCCCUUCAUGUCCAAACAAGCUGCAGAGCAAACUCCAGAGUUUGACUUGAGAAUUAUGAGAAACGACUGGCUCUAUCCAAGGAGCUCUAACGUCUUUACCCUCGGCGAGCCCAUCGGCAUCGAAGCCUCUGUCCGAGUCGGCCAUCACACGGGGCUCCGAGUGUUUGUGAACCGCUGUGUGGCGACGCUUCGCCCCGACGCGUCCUCCGAGCCCAGAUACGUCUUUGUUGAAAAUGGGUGCUUGGUUGACUCUCAGCUCCCAGGCUCCAGGUCUCACUUCUUAUCCAGGACGCGGAACGUCGAGCUCCACUUCACCAUCGACGCCUUUAAAUUUCACAACGAGGGCGGCGAACUCUACAUCACAUGCCACCUGGAUGCCGUACGAGCCAACGAUGCAGAGGCGCCAAAUAAGGCGUGCACCUUUGUGAAUGGCAGAUGGCGGUCGGCCGACGGGAACGACUAUCUGUGUGGCUACUGCCAACGUCGCGAUGAGCCGAGCAGCCCCGGCAAGUUUGGUCCUCGUGGGUUUGGGAAGCCGGAGGAACCUGAACCGUUGUGGAGUGGACGGAGAACCAAUGCAGUGGGGACACGGGAGGCCAGAGUGGGUCCCAUGAUUGUCUUGCCAGCCAAGAAGGUCUCCAAACCGUUGGUGUUUGGCAGCCAGUGGAGAAGUGGAAUAAAUACCAAGAAAGACGAGCAGGGCCUCCUUCCGGGUUCACGCUCUACGCCCGACGAGGCGGUGGUUCAGACUUUGGAGUCAGCGCAGAAUCCAGAUGAAGACGGUGGAACGGGUCUAGAAGAUGAAGUUGAUGUGGAAGUCUCUGCAGAUGAAGAUGUGGAAGUCUCCGCUCUUCCAGAAAAGGAGUCGACGGAGGACGGCGCCGUCACGUCGGCCCUCGACGGCGUCAGCCCGACGGUUCAGUUUCCUGUGAAUGGGACCAACGCGGCGCAUGACACUGAAUCACAAAAUGACCUUUCAGAUACAAAUGACUCUCAAAUAUAA